CGAGAUUGUCGAAAGCAAAAGUCACUCUCUCGUCUCUCAUCGACUACGAUAUGAGUACAGACCAACAAAUGUAUCUGGCAGUAGCUCCCAGAGCUAGCUCGUCGCAUCUGAACAGGCCAGCACGUCAGCUCGUGCCCCGCCUUUCUCCAGAAACUAUAUGAAAUGGUUAAUGACCCCUCAGACCACGAUCUCAUUCGAUGGUCUGACACCGGUGACUCUUUCUUUGUGCUCGACCAAGAGCGUUUCGCAAGCGAAGUCCUAGGACGCUGGUUCAAACACAAGAACUUCUCCUCAUUUGUCCGCCAACUCAACAUGUAUGGGUUUUCACAAAAUUCCUCAUCUCCAACAAGGUGUGCUCCGUUCGGAUUCUGAUACCGAAUUCUGGAACUUCGAGCACCCCCAUUUCCUCCGUGGCCAACCGGACAUGCUCUGCCUUAUCCAGCGCAAGAAGCAGACCGCAUCUACCUCCGAUGUUGCUGCUGCCGUCGCUGAAGUUCCCAAUAAAGACGUGGGCACAGCUGCGUCUGUAGGCGCCUUGACCCCUGGCCAAUUGAUGGACAUGAAUUCAAUCGUGAAUGGUAUUCAAGCCAUCAAAAGACACCAAGCUGCCAUUUCUGCUGACCUCAACGACCUCAAGUCCUCCAAUCAACAUCUUUGGCAGGAAGCCAUCAUUGCUCGAGUGUUCGGUCAUGCAGACAAUCCAAUACGUAAGGAUGAUAUAGGUGGAGGUGGCGUUGUCAGUGGUGGUGAGGGGGGUGAGAUCGUCGCGAGGAAACCACAGCGGUUGAUGAUUGGCGAUGGACGCAAUGGCGGGGGUAGUGGUGCAAAGAAGGGCAUUGACGUUACUGAGAUCCUAGAGGACCAGCAGAGGACCAGCAUAGAUAGUGCAGAGUCUUCUGAAAUGGCUCUCGACACACCUUCCGCUAUCCCAUCUGAGUAUGGACCUUCGUGCAAUACUUCACCCCGAUUUGCGUCCGUUGAACCCUCUCUUCCUGAUGCCCCAACACCUUCAGUAGAUGCAAAUACCACGUCAUGCCCCAACACCGCUCCCAUCAACACCACCACUACAGCCAACGCCAUCAAUCCAAACCCAUCAAAUAUAAAUGCCGCCUCACCCACCUUGCCAAAUAACUCCUUCUCUCGCCCUACCCCGAUUCACCACUCAGUCUCUGCGCCUGCCUUCAAUUCCCUAACCACAACACCCCCUCCGCCUUCCCCACAGAAUGACGCCCUCAUCCAUGCCGCACUAUCCCAGGUGCUUUCGUCUCCUGUGCAGAUGCAGAAAACUGAUAGCCGCUCUUGGUGGAGGAGGUCCAUCAUGCAGCAGCAUUUCCCCACCCAGCCCCAGCCCCAGCCCCAGCCUCAGCCACAGCCCCAGCCACAAUCCCAGCUGCCCCAGCAGCACACAAACGCCAACCCAGCCCAACUGAUGCCGUACGACCCUGCCGCAUUUCAGACCGACUACCCUGGCUCAUACUCCCUCCUCCCGCAGAGUGGUGGCGCCGACCUAGCGGCUUUCGAAGCACACGACGAUCACCUGCAGAAGACCUACUGUACAGCACAUGAGAUCAACACAGAUGUUGACUCGCUAGAGACGAAUAUCCAUUCCCUUAUUCAGAGCCUCGGCCUUGACCCGUCGACUUUCGACGCCACUGAUGGCGCGCAACCGCAUCUCGAUGAUCCCUAUGGAGUAGGCUCGGGGCAGGAUUCUUUCGACAUCGGCUCAUAUCUUAACGGAAUGGAUCUGGCACAUGAUGCGGCUGGGCAUACAGGCCAGGGCGAGGAAGAUACAGAUAUAGAGAGCUUGAGGUUGGCAGAUAAGCUGGACUCGUCAACAGCGCGUGGAGCAGUCGUGGACAAAAAAGUGCCGAGUGAAGAGAUGCACGCAUUCCUUGACGGGGUUGCUUCUCAGGAUGGUGGCGUGGACAUGGCUACUACGUCUUUGAUGCAAACAGCCCAAAGUGCGAACGCCACGCGGGGUCGCAAGCGCAAAUCAGACAUAGCGGAUGUUGGUUCACUCUCGGGUCCGACAGAAUCGACAUCAUCAUCAGCGGGCAGUAGGACUAAGAGGAAAAGAUGA